UAAUGUGGUUGUUGGGAAAGUCACAAAUUUGAGGUCGGGCACAGAAGCAGAUAAUCAGAAAACAAUGGUGGCAGUAGCAGUAGGAAGAGGCCUUCCUAUUCAAACCCGCUCUUUAUUCAAUAGUAAGAACAUAGAUAGAGCUUCACCAGCAGGAAGAGUCUCGUGGCUUGGGCAUUCUGCUGCUGUCACUCCACGUUAUAGACAAACUUGUGUAGCAGCGCAACAGCGACCUACAUGGCUCCCAGGACUUGAUCCCCCACCUUAUCUUGAUGGAACUCUGGCUGGAGAUUUUGGAUUUGACCCACUUGGGCUUGGAGAGGAUCCUGAAAACUUAAGGUGGUAUGUGCAGGCAGAGCUGGUUCAUUCCCGCUUUGCAAUGCUUGGGGUAUUGGGAAUUCUUGUGACAGAUCUGCUUCGCGUCACAGGAGUUAGUAAGAUACCGGUUUGGUUUGAAGCUGGUGCAGUAAAAUACGACCUUGCCAAUACACAGACACUCUUCAUUGUUCAACUACUUUUGAUGGGGUUUGCCGAAACAAAAAGGUACAUGGAUUUUAUUAGUCCUGGAUCUCAGGCUAAAGAGGGGUCCUUCUUUGGACUGGAAGCUUCACUGGAAGGCUUAGAGCCAGGGUACCCAGGGGGUCCUCUGCUAAAUCCUCUUGGCCUAGCUAAAGACAUUAAAAACGCUCAUGAUUCGAAGCUUAAAGAGAUUAAAAAUGGACGACUUGCAAUGGUUGCAAUGGUUGGCUUCUUUGUACAAGCUUCAGUGACUCACGUUGGACCAAUUGACAACCUUGUGGAGCAUCUUUCCAAUCCAUGGCAUAAAACUAUUAUUCAGACCAUUGCGAAUUCUAGUUCUUAGUUCUACCAACUGCUGUAUGGCUUGGACUUAUCCAUAAAACGAAAUUACUUUUAAUUUUUCCACCUUGACCUCGUUGAGGCCAAGGAUCAAGUUUAGAUGUAGUUGUCUUGAAGCAAAUGUAUUCUAAUUCAUUUUCAAUCGACUUCAUUGUUUGUUUA